GCAGGAAGCGGAAAGGGGCGGCCGCGCUCGAUCCCUGACGUGUCGCUCCGAGGCAGCCGCCGCCGCUCCCCGCUCUGCGCUCCCGUCCGGCGGCCGCCAUGGGCAUAAAAUUUCUUGAAGUAAUCAAGCCCUUCUGUGUUAUCUUGCCUGAAAUCCAGAAGCCAGAACGGAAGAUUCAGUUUAAGGAAAAGGUACUAUGGACAGCAAUCACACUUUUCAUCUUCUUAGUAUGCUGCCAGAUUCCCUUGUUUGGUAUCAUGUCAUCAGACUCAGCAGAUCCUUUCUACUGGAUGAGAGUGAUUUUGGCAUCAAAUAGAGGUACAUUGAUGGAGCUGGGCAUUUCACCAAUCGUCACUUCUGGGCUCAUCAUGCAGCUCUUGGCAGGUGCUAAGAUAAUUGAGGUUGGUGACACCCCCAAGGACAGAGCUCUUUUCAACGGAGCACAGAAAUUGUUUGGAAUGAUCAUUACCAUCGGGCAGUCUAUUGUCUAUGUAAUGACUGGAAUGUAUGGAGACCCGUCUGAGAUGGGUGCUGGUAUCUGCUUGCUUAUCACAAUUCAGCUUUUUGUUGCUGGAUUGAUAGUUCUGCUCUUGGAUGAGCUCCUGCAGAAAGGAUACGGUCUCGGUUCUGGCAUCUCUCUCUUCAUUGCUACCAACAUCUGUGAGACUAUUGUGUGGAAAGCAUUCAGCCCCACCACGGUGAACACGGGACGAGGCAUGGAAUUUGAGGGAGCCAUCAUUGCUCUGUUCCAUCUUCUGGCUACUCGUACAGACAAAGUCAGAGCUCUUCGGGAGGCCUUUUACCGCCAGAAUCUCCCCAACCUCAUGAACCUGAUUGCCACCAUCUUUGUCUUUGCUAUUGUCAUUUAUUUCCAGGGCUUCAGAGUGGAUCUUCCUAUCAAAUCUGCUCGCUACCGUGGCCAAUACAACACUUACCCCAUCAAGCUCUUCUAUACUUCCAACAUUCCAAUUAUUCUUCAGUCUGCCCUGGUGUCCAACUUGUACGUCAUCUCCCAGAUGCUCUCUGCUCGCUUCAGUGGCAAUUUACUGGUUAGCCUGCUGGGCACUUGGUCUGACACGUCAUCUGGAGGCCCUGCUCGUGCUUAUCCAGUUGGUGGGCUUUGUUAUUAUCUGUCACCUCCAGAGUCCUUUUCUUCAGUGUUAGAAGACCCUGUCCACGCAGUUGUUUAUAUUGUAUUUAUGUUGGGCUCCUGUGCUUUCUUCUCCAAGACAUGGAUUGAGGUCUCUGGCUCCUCUGCCAAAGAUGUUGCCAAACAGUUAAAAGAACAGCAGAUGGUGAUGCGAGGGCACAGAGAAACUUCCAUGGUACAUGAACUCAACAGGUACAUCCCUACAGCUGCUGCCUUUGGUGGUCUGUGCAUCGGUGCCCUGUCUGUGUUGGCAGACUUCCUUGGGGCAAUUGGCUCUGGAACUGGAAUUUUGCUGGCUGUCACUAUCAUUUACCAGUACUUUGAAAUUUUUGUAAAGGAACAGAGUGAAGUUGGCAGUAUGGGAGCUCUUCUUUUCUAAACUUAGCUUCUCAUGGACCCAGGAAAGAAGAGGGGAACAUUCUCAAAGUAUAGCCAGUCAGGUGAAAAGAAGUAACCCAAACUUGAUAACACCAUUCUGUAGGAACACACAUGAUGAUGUUUCCAAGCUCAUUCCCUUAUGUUCAGACUUUUCUAGCAAACUCUGCAUUUUAUAAAUUGAGGGGGAGAAAAAUGUGCAAAAAAUUUUUUUAAGGAAAUUGUUUUUUAAUGAUUUGUUAAAAGAGUGAAUUUCUCAAUUGGAUCCCGGUCAGCAACUCUCAGAAUUUGUUUGAGCCCCUUUCAGAUCCAGUAUACCUGAAGCCUUUACAGGUUUUAAUAAAUAUUUGUUAUAUGAAUGUUUGGAAAGCAUUUUUUUUUCCACUGAACUUGUUUUUGCAGCUCCUUUGCAGCAGUGGUGAGAAACCUCUCCCUCUGAUGCUCAAGUUGUAUAGUGACGGUUUGUAAGCACAACCUUUUGUGUUUGGGGGUUUUUUCAGUAUGACAGAUUUGGAAGGCAGUUGUUUCUUUUUACUAAAUGCUCUAAUUCUUUUUUUUUUGGUCUCAUAAUGACUGUGCUGCACCUUGUCACAUGUUGAAUAUUGGCUUGAGACUGUUGUCAGGUUGCUGUGUAAGACCAGACUGCGUUCUUUCCCACCACCCCUCCUCCAUAAGCAGGAAACUUUGGUAAUUUGAGUUUCUGCCAGAGUCUGUGCCUGGAGUUGCAACUUUGAAAGCUUUAUAAAAUCUGGAAUUAGUUUUCAUUGCUGUUAGUGGUGGUACCUCUAGUUCUGAUGGUAGCUGAAGGAAAUGGAUGACUGCUUAGAUGCAAAUCUGCUCCUGCUCUUUGCUAGUUUCAUUGAGAAUAAAUUCUGGUCUUGUAGCAA